AUGCACCCCCAAGCUCAAAUUCAGGAUGAUACUUCACCGGUUACCAGCCGACAAGCCAAGAGACCACGUCAGGCACAAAAUGACCCAGAUCCUGGUGCUAUUGCUACCAGAUCCCAGCCAAUCCGAAGACGCGUUGCUGUAGCGUGCGAAGUGUGCCGUUCGAGGAAGACCAAGUGCGAUAGCCGCUGGCCGGUUUGCAGCUAUUGUGAGAAGAGCAACUCGGAGUGCCAAUAUGAUACUAUGAACUCAUCAGAUCGGCCCUUGUUGGGUUUGCAAAUCUUACAGGUUGUCCAAGACUUGGCACAAAACAUAAAAGAACAGCAUUCACCGGGCCUGUCUAGUACAACUUCUCAUACACGUACUACAACACAGCCAAUAAGGCAUAGCGAAGCUGAGUCUUUGGUCAACUUGACUGCUACACCACAAUCUAUCUCAGCCCCUGAAUGUCAAGUCAAGAGAUUCUCUGAAGGACUCGAAAGUGUCUUGACAUGGAAUGUAUUUCCACAAGGAAUUGAUCCUAUCUCUAUCGAUAAUGGGAGCUUAAUGGCUAUGCCUGAUGAGCUUCCCCCGAUGGGUUUCUCAGAACUAAAGAGACUACAGAAAUGCUAUCUUGCCACUGUCCAUAGCGUUAACCCUAUUUUAGAUGUUACCAUUCUCGACCAGUACGUUCUCAAGGUCUCCGAAAAUGGCUUGGACUGGUCGACGCAGACGUGUCUUGUUGCCUUUGUGUGCGCUAUUGGCGCAAUAUGCCAGGACCCGCAUGUCGAAACACCGAAGAGUCACAACAGUUGGGAUCUAGACCAAACCACCGAUAUUGCUUACAGGUACUGGAGUGUCGCGUGCAAAAGGCUCGGAAGAGCAAUGAGCCAUAAUACAUUGGAAUCAGCCCAGUGUUUGUGUUUGGCAGGCAUCUGGUUCAUGUGUAACUUACAACCACUCGAGGCCUGGAGGUAUUUUACAAUGGCAGGAAAUUCCUGCUAUUCUGCGAUAUGGGCCAUGGAAUCUACCAUGCCUACCGUGUCAGAGAAUUUCCCUACAAGUCCGCAAGCAAUCAAGCAAAGCAUCUUUUAUACAGCCUACAAAUCGGAAGUUGAGAUUAGGUACGAAAUACCUAGUUUACCCGGCUCCAUGCUCGAACACAUUGAGGAUCGUCUCACGUUUCCUUCGCCGCCUGCAGCGAACUGCUUGUUCGACGAGACCAUCGCGUGGUAUUACUUUCUCGCAGACAUAGCCGCCCGACACUUGAUCAACCGCAUCAUCGACGCCAAGGUCGACAUCUCCGGGUGUCUCAGCGAAGCGCAGGCCAGGUCUUUACUCCGAUCAUACGAGGUUUUUGGCUCACAGCUACAAGACUGGUAUCUGUCCCUACCGCCGGAAGUAUCAUUUCCGCCACCAGAUGCAAGUAUUUCUCCCGAGACGAAUCUCUAUAAAAGAAUUCUCCGUUCGCGAUAUCUCUUCAUCAAGGAGCUUCUGUGCCGGCCAUUUAUUCGACUAUGUCUUGACUGCGCCCUUGAACUCCCCAUGGGUCUUGACGAUGAGAUCGCCAGUAUAGCUUCCUUGGGCCUGCGGUAUUGUGUUUGGAGACUAAAGGCCGUGGAUCGAAUGAACAAGCUCGAUCAUGGGCUAUGGAUAUGGAUUCGAAAUAGUACUGCUUGCUCUAUGAUAUUAAUUGGUGCUGCUAGGAGCCUCCAGUUUCAGUCCCACACUGCAUCUGGGCGACUGGUUCUUCCACAAGAUUGGCGAGAAACGGUUGUUGGUUUCUUACACGGGCUUGAGAAGUAUUCUCACGAAACAAGAGGCGGCGUAGCUGCGUGCUAUCGACUCGUUACAUGGGGUCUUGACGGCUUUCAACCAAACUCACCAGAUAUCACUUGA